AUGUCCGACGACGAACCAGAGCAGACUAUAGCUGAGGACCUGGUGGUCACCAAGUACAAGAUGAGUGGUGACAUCGCCAACCCCAUUAGUUCCCAGCAGCAGCAGCAGCAGCAGCCAUGUGGUUUACCUGCGAGCCUCACGUACGCCAUCAUAACGGGCUGGCUGGCGAGCAGAGGCUCUCCGUCUGGUUGUGGAAACAGCCGUUCCCGGGGUGUCGGUGCUCAGCCUCUGUGUGAAGGGGGAUGCCUACAUCAUGGCUGAGACUGGAAAGGUCUUCAAAAAGGAGAAGGAAAUGAAGAAAGGCAUUGCCUUUCCCACCAGCGUCUCAGUUAAUAACUGUGUUUGCCACUUCUCUCCCCUGAAGAGUGACCAGGACUCCGCACUUAAAGAUGGAGAUCUGGUCAAAAUUGAUCUAGGAGUUCACGUUGACGGCUUCAUUGCCAAUGUUGCUCACAGCUUUGUCGUGGGAGCCAGUAAGGAGAACCCCGUUACAGGCCGUAAAGCUGACGUCAUCAAAGCGGCUCAUCUUUGUGCGGAAGCAGCUCUUCGCCUCGUUAAACCUGGGAACAAGAACACUCAAGUGACAGAAGCCUGGAACAAGAUUGCUCAGUCUUUCAAAUGCUCACCGAUAGAGGGUAUGCUGUCUCAUCAGCUAAAGCAACAUGUCAUAGAUGGAGAGAAGACGAUCAUUCAGAACCCAACAGAUCAGCAACGGAAGGACCAUGAGAAGGCAGAGUUCGAGGUACAUGAAGUAUAUGCUGUGGACGUUUUGAUAAGCACUGGAGAAGGAAAGGCCAGAGAUGCUGGUCUGAGGACCACCAUUUAUAAGAGGGACCCCAGUAAGCAAUACGGCUUGAAGAUGAAAACUUCCCGUACGUUCUUCAGCGAAGUUGACCGGCGCUUUGAUGCCAUGCCUUUUACUCUCCGUGCGUUCGAGGAUGAGGCCAGAGCCCGUCUGGGUGUGGUGGAGUGUGCAAAACAUGAAUUGAUACAGCCCUUCAGCGUGCUACAUGAGAAAGAGGGAGAGUGUGUAGCUCAGUUUAAGUUCACAGUGUUGCUGAUGGCCAACGGGUCUCACAGAAUCACCAGCGGACCCUUAGAGCCAGAGCUCUACAAGUCAGAGCAUGAAGUCCAGGAUGCAGAGCUACGGACUUUACUACAGAGCUCUGCAAGCCGUAAAACACAGAAGAAAAAGAAAAAGAAGGCCUCAAAGACAGCAGAAGAUGCGAUUGGACAGCCAACCGACGACACAGAAGCCGUACAAUGAAUUCUGCCUUCCCACACAUACAAGACCCCAAAGAGAAGCAGGAGGAAAUAUGACAAAUUGCCCCAAAUUCUCAGUCCAUUACACAUCUUUGAUUUCACAAAUGAAACGGCUGAUUUUUAGAUCUUACAUGGAUGCUUAACCCUUUCCUGCACUCAUUGAAAGUGCCAUGUUACUUUUUCUUCCCUUACUUGAGAAAUAAAGAAUAUUUCCAAAUAAUUUUACAUCUUUAAAAGUACAUGUUUCCACAUGGUACAUGUGAGACUGGUGCCUGCAUACCUUAUUUUACUUGACUAAUUUUUUGAUCCUCGUCACGUUUAUAUUAUUCACAACUUUCAAGUAAAAUGGAAGCUUACAGUGGGCAUUAACGUCAAUGGAUCAGUCUGUAUUUUACAACUGAAGGAUUAUUGAAUGACACAAACCAAAACAUGAGUCACAACGGGUUUAUCAAACCUGUUUAUUAUGUAAACAAAGAUUUAUAGUGAAAAACCUCUCAUAAAAUAUAUAUAUAAGAGUGAAAUCAGACGUUGAGUUUAUUCAGCCGGUGCUUUAUGAAAAAAAUGACCUUUUAGCAUUUAAAAACAUUGGAUCAAAAGCUGUAAAAGUUAAAUAAGUGUUCAUGGUUAGUCUUCCAUCAUCAAGGCUGUCAUUUAGUUGGAACUAGGGUUUUAACCAGACAAUAAUUUUAAAGUAUGAGCAAAUGAAAAGUCUGAGCAAAAGACUAAUAUUUGUAGGAAUACAAUACAUCAUGUCUACUUUAGGGAACCAACUGCUACAUGUACUGCCAUUCCCCUGACCUUUUUUGAAAAGAAAGAAUCUUAUAUGUUUCACCUUUUAAAGACUUUUCUAUUAGCGACACCCGUUACUUGCUUUACUACGUCAUUGGUCUUGUGAAACAUAACAUUUAAAGCUGACCAAGUUUAAUAAUAUAUUUUUUGUAUGGGUGUCUUCAUGGGAUUUGGACAAGUAAGAGAUCAUUUCAGGUCUUGACUUUCAUUUCGAGGUCUGGGUCAGAUUUAUCAACAGCUGAUUAUGUUGAGAACAUGAAAUCCUGCUUUGUAGCUCAAUCAGUGGGCAAUGGAACUUUACAUUUAAUGAAAUAAAACACUUUCAUACAUU